AUGGCUUUGCUUCGCGCCUCCCUGAUUGCAUUCCUGCUUGCCGUCAGAGCUGCUGCAGACGGUGCCAAUGGGACGGCAGCGAUAGACUCCAAGACAGAGCCGAUCAACGCCACGAGUGCCACGAAGGCAUCCACCGCUGGACUGAAGGUCAAGCGAGGAGGCCAGGAGCAAGGCCCGGAUGUUGUCCGGAUCCUGCACAUCAGCGACACGCACAGCCUCCAUCGAAGCACCGGGAACAUGCCGGAUGCCGACAUUCUGAUCCAUUCCGGGGAUGUGGCCAAGGUGGGCUCAGAGAGCGAGCUGGGCGAUUUCAACGACUGGCUUGGCAGCCUUAAGGGCAAGUACAAGCACAUCCUAGUCAUUUCUGGAAACCACGACUUCUGGGACACCAACUGGAGGCUGAACCGCGGACACAUCUCCAACGAUGUCGUCCAGGAUCCCGCCUACUUCCAGUACAGGAUCACGAAUGCCCGAGUCCUCAAUCACGAUCUCGCCGAGGUCAUGGGCCUGAAGAUCUGGGGCGCCGGCUGGCACGCCCGAAGGGGAGAUUCCCGAUCCGGCAACAAUUAUGCCGACAUCCCCGAAGGUGUUGACAUCGUCGUCACCCACGAG